AUGCCUUCAGCCACAGCGUCUGGCUCUGAUGCCAAAGGCAAUGGCGCGCGGUCGCGCGAGAACCAGGGCAACCAGGGCCCCAAGUUUACACCCGAGCAGAAGAAGGCUAUUGACCGGAUUCGAAAAUGCAACCCCAAGGCAUUAUACAAGAUCCUUGCGUGCGAAUCCAAGGCGUCAGAUAACGAAAUUAAGAAGGCCUACAGGUCACUGAGUUUGUUGACACACCCGGAUAAGACCGGAUGGGACGGCGCGGAUGAAGCAUUUAAGAUGCUAUCGCAUGCGAAUAAUAUCCUCUCGGAUCCUAAGAAGAGAGAAAUGUAUGAUCUUGAUGGAGGAGAUGCAUCGACCCGAUUCAACCCCGGUUCUGGCGCCUCUGCUGGUGGUGGCUCACCGUUUGGCGGCGCCGGUGGAUUUGGAGGUGGUGGGUUCCCUCGAGGGAGAGGCAACGGAGGUAUCUCUGUAGAGGACCUGUUCGAUCAGUUCUUCAAUGGACCCCAGUUCGGCGGCGCCCAGCCCGGCGCUCAAUUUGGUUUCGGUGGUCCCCAAUUUAGUUUUGGUGGCCCAAACAUUCGUGUGCAUCACUUCGGAGGCGCUGGACCGCAACGACGACCUCGCCCGACCAACUCAGGACAGCCACAGCCUGCUCCUGACGCAUGGUCUAUCCUUCGCCAACUCAUGCCUCUCCUCAUUCUUUUCGUCCUUCCUCUCCUCUCGUCUCUAUUUUCUGGCUCUUCUUCUCCCACGGGUCCUUCGUACCGAUAUGAUACAGCCAAGCCACCUCAUACCAUGGGUCGCACUACUCCCAAGCUUAAUAUCAACUACUUUGUCAACCCACUUGACGUGGAGGACUUAAGUCCUCGCAAACUCAGGCAAUUAGACCAAAGAGUGGAGGUGGAUUACGUAUCAGCGCUACGGUAUGAAUGCGACGGCGAGGUGAAUUUGCGAGACCGAAGGAUUCAAGAGGCGCAGGGUUGGUUCUUCCCUGAUGUGGACAAGAUGAAGGAGGCCCGAGCAAUGGAGUUAAAGAGCUGCCGCAAGUUGGAAUCCCUUAGGGGGAAAUUCUAA